CACUACGAUAGAGUGAAGCAAGCCUUUCUUUUAACCCACUCGCCGAAGUUCUACCAAACGUAACCAACUAUGGCUAUCAAUUAGUCUUUCAUAACUUUUUAAAAACUUUCAUUACAGCGGGAUGGAGUUUAUUAUUAUAAUAAUGUGAUAUAAGAGAAAGAGAACACACUUUGGUUCGAACUGGAUCGACUCACGCUUACCAGAUUCCCUGCUCCAGUGUGCAAGAAUUACAGAGGGACACCGAGUGGGAGACUGAGGGGCAAAACGCACAAAAGCAGCCCAGUGGAAUCUCACUGGCCUCUUCUUCAGCAGACUUUCUCACCUUUUUAUUUGUCUGCGAUUGCGUUAUUUUUCCAACGCAACCAUUUUUUCAGGAACUAGAUUGGGAUUUUCCCUCAUAUUAUGCACGUCAAUGGAUACCAGUGGCUCAAUGAUUAGCACACAAGCUGAGGAUCAGUCCUUCCAUGUUCGCUACAGGAUGGAGGUGUCCUGCCUGGAGCUGGCACUGGAAGGCGAGCGACUCUGCAAGGUGGGCGACUACAGAGCGGGUGUCUCCUUCUUUGAAGCAGCCAUCCAGGUGGGCACGGAAGACUUGCAGGUGCUCAGCGCCAUAUACAGCCAGCUGGGAAACGCCUACUUCCACCUGCACGACUACGCCAAGGCGCUGGAGUUCCACCGGCAUGACCUCACCUUAACCAGGACCAUUGGUGAUCUGCUGGGAGAAGCCAAAGCCAGCGGGAACCUUGGGAACACGCUCAAGGUGCUGGGGAGGUUUGAUGAGGCUGUGGUGUGCUGUCAGAGGCACUUGGACAUUACGAGGGACAUCAACGACAAGGUCGGUCAGGCGCGAGCACUCUACAACUUUGGGAACGUGUACCAUGCUAAAGGGAAAAGUAUUUGUUGGAGUGGAGCUGAGCCAGGUGACUUCCCAGAAGACGUGAUGAUGGCACUGAGAAAGGCAUCUGAAUAUUACGAAGCCAACUUGGUGCUCGUGAAGGAGCUUGGCGAUCGAGCCGCUCAGGGUCGAACUUGCGGCAACCUCGGCAACACUCACUACUUGCUGGGGAACUUUCGGAAAGCCGUGGCGUCUCAUGAGCAGCGUCUGCUCAUUGCCAAGGAGUUUGGCGACCGCUCUGCAGAAAGACGUGCUUACUGCAACCUGGGCAACGCUUACAUCUUUUUAGGGGAGUUUGAAGUCGCAGCAGAGCAUUACAAGAGGACAUUGCAGCUGGCAAGGCAGUUAAAAGAUCGUGCAGUGGAGGCUCAAGCUUGCUACAGUCUGGGCAACACAUACACUCUUCUGCAGGACUAUGAGAGAGCAAUCGACUAUCACCUUAAACACCUCAUCAUAGCACAGGACCUGAAUGAUCGGAUUGGGGAAGGGCGCGCCUGUUGGAGUCUUGGAAAUGCUCACACUGCUCUGGGCAACCAUGACCAGGCCAUGCACUUUGCUGAGAAACACCUGGAGAUCUGCAAAGAGACUGGAGACAGGAGCGGCGAACUGACGGCUCGUAUGAACGUGUCGGACCUGCAGACAGUGUUGGGUCUGAGCUAUAGCACUAAUAACUCCACCUUGUCAGAGAAUAAAGACAUGGACUAUAAAAUACAAGGGGCAAGGCCCAGGAUGAGCAGGAGACACAGCAUGGAGAACCUGGAGCUGAUGAAGCUCACGCCAGACAAGCUCAAUGUUCAGAAGUGGAACAGUGACAUCCUGACCAAACAAACCAGCAAACCCACCCUCACCAAGAGCUCCUCUAAGUUGUUUUUCGUCACUCGUCUGCGUGGAAAGAAGUUCAAGACAAGCGGCUCCAGUAAAGUCCUCCAGGACACCAGUAACACAUUGGACACCAGUCAGACGUCCACACAUGGACCACACAAGCGAUCGAGUCCUGACAUGCUAGGAGAUGAGGGCUUCUUUGAUCUGCUCAGCCGUUUCCAGAGCAACCGCAUGGAUGACCAGCGCUGCUCCAUACGAGAGAAAGGCAGCAGGUUAUCGCUUAAUGGAGGACCAGAGUCUCCACCAAGGGCCAUCAGGAAAUCUGUGUCCGAGUCCACCAACGUGUCAGGCGUCCAAGGCCAGCGGUUAGAGGAUUCCUCAGCUGCAGGCGGAAGCCUCCCGGGCCUCAGACUCAACCAAAACCAGGCAGUUCUCAGCCACCUGAUGGCCAACGCCGACAACACAGAGCCUGAUGAAGACUUCUUUGACAUGCUGGUCAAGUGUCAGGGGUCCCGUUUGGACGACCAGCGCAGCGCACCACCGCCUCCUCCAGUGCGAGGGCCCACGGUACCAGACGAGGACUUCUUCAGCCUCAUCAUGCGCUCACAGGCCAAACGAAUGGACGAGCAGCGUGUCAUGUUGCCACCGCCUGCUGAGCAAAGCACUUAAAGCCAACAUCGUGCAUCUCUGGAGAAUGGACAAAAGAACUUUUAUUACACAAACUCAGUGUUAUGAGGGACCUUGUUUUACUCCAUCAAUGUCAUGUGUAUUUUUUACUACAUUUCUUUAACUACAUUUGUUUGUCUUUUGUGAGUCUGUCAAACACCGUCCUUUUUUUCCCUUUCUGUCCAUGGAUUUUUGUUUGUGGUCUUGGUUAAAAAAAUAAUAAAAAAAACUGAAUACGCUCAUAUGCCCAAAAUAAUGCCUAAAGAAUGAUAUUAACACUAUUUUGGCCACAGUGACUAUUUUAUACUUAAGAGUGAGUUUGGAGGAAUAAAUAGUUCUCACAGCUACUUACUGAUUUUCUGAUUCAUUAAAAAAAACUGCUUGAUUAACAGAAACUUUAUUGAACAUACCAGCAAUCUGUUAGCUUGAGUUAAAUUACGUAAAAAAUAAUACGUAUCAGGCUUAAUACAUGAGCCACUAGCAUUUCAAGAACUGUACAAUCACAACUAAAAAUAAAUAAAUACGACAAUGUACAAUAUGUAUGUUUGGUGUUAUUUGUUAAAACUAAUUUUUCUAAAUUAAUCA